AUGCCUAACGGGGUCGCCGCCCCUAGUCCAGGUUCCUCCGCGAAGGCCGGAGUGGCGAGAUCCGCCGCGAGCGACGAGAUCCGGCACCGCGCGGCCGACGCCAUCGCCCAAGCCCGCGUCGAUCGAUCCCGCCGCCGCCGGGAGCCCGCACACUGCCGGGAGUCCCACAACCAUGGAUCUGGGCACCCGUGCACCGCCGUAAGUCCGCCGCCUCCGGGAUCCGCCACACCGCCGGGAGGGCCGCACCCCGCAGAUCAGGACGCCCGCGCCGCCGUGGAUCCGGGAACGGGAGGAGAGACCCUCCGCCGCCGCCGUCACGCGCACGGGCUUUGCCCGGCGCCGACCAUCGGCAGCGGCGGAGGGGGAGAAGGGCGCUGGAGGGACUAG